AUGUCGCUCACUGAAACUCCUCUGCACCGAUGGGGAAUCUCAAACCAGGAGGGGACCGAGGAGGCCAAGCCCAAUAAUCAACCAAUGUCUCGACGUCUUUGCGACUAUGCCAUAUCUCUGCAGACUACUGCUUUGGGGAGUGCAAAGAGACCACAGAAUGAGAUCCCAUUGUUGACUUGGGUACCGUGCUGCUCAGCGGGUACCGAGGCGUCAUACCCCAUUGGCUUCGUCGGCUGCGGGAUUGCGAUGAGAGCUUCUUAUCUUGCCGAUCGGCAACGGCCGCUGGUCUUCAGUAACGCUUUAAAUGGGAUCGUUCCUCCAUAUGGCGGAUUGCACGAUGAAGUUCAGAGAGCGACUGGCACUGGAGCUACUAUGCAGUCUACAGACAGCCAGCAAGAAUUCAUCCCGCGAGUCCGCCAGGUGCUGGACAAAUACGAGUCGCGACUGAGCGAGAUCAAUCACAAAAUCUGGUCCAACCCGGAGCUCGCUUACGAGGAACACGCUGCCCACGACGCCAUUUGCGACUUCUUCGGCUCUCUAGCUGCAGAUGGAUACCACGUCACGCGCCACGCAUACGGCGUCAACACAGCCUUGGAGGUGAAUUACACCAAAGCCAGAGGAGGCCGCGUCGUAGCGUUCAACGCGGAGUACGAUGCGCUGCCGGGCAUCGGGCAUGCCUGCGGCCACAAUCUCAUUGCGACGAGCUCGAUCGCCGCGUUCCUCGCGACGUGCGAAGCGAUGAGCGCGAAAUAUUCAGACGAGACGGGUUUCUCGGCGCGAUUACUGGGGACUCCGGCCGAAGAGGGCGGGGGCGGGAAACUGCGCCUUAUUGACGCGGGGGCGUACAAGGGCGUGAAUGCGUGCUUCAUGGUCCAUCCGUUCCCGGUUCUAGCGGGCAAUCCGGGAUUGUUGAGCUCCAGUCGCUGUACUGGCCAAUACCUCGCGAACCAUAAGGUCGAGGUUACUUUCACGGGGAAGCCGGCACAUGCUUCGGCGGCGCCGUGGGAGGGCGUGAAUGCUUUGGAUGCGGUUGUUUCGGCGUACGUGAACAUCUCGAUGCUGAGACAGCAGAUAUUGCCUACGCAGAAGAUUCACGGGGUUGUGCUCCGGGGCGGGGAGCGUCCGAAUGUGAUCCCGGCUUCGACAACCCUUGCCUACUAUGUUCGAUCCGAGACCGUGAAAACGCUGAAGCCAUUGACGGAGAAAGUGCUGAAAUGCUUUGAGGCAGCGGCUACGGCUACUGGGUGUACAAUGGAAUAUAAAUGGUAUGGACCUGGCGAAGCCAUUACGGAUUGCGAUGAGGCUGACUCUUUCCCGAGGGAACCGUCUUAUACGGAUAUGAAAGCGAACGCGCCCAUAUGCGAAAGCUACACGUCUGCCAUGAACGCGAUGGGAUACACGACGAUUCUCGAUGCGGUGGGACAGGAGGGUGGGCUUAGUGGAGGAUCUACUGACAUGGGCAAUGUCUCCUAUGAAGUCCCUGGCUUCCACGGCGGCUUCUAUAUUCCGGCUGAUGGAGUCAACCACACGCCGCAGUUCACCGCGGGAGCUGGAUCUGAGGAAGGAUUCCGACGCAGUCUGUGCUGUGCAGCGGGGAUGGCUGUCGUGGGUUGCCGAGCGUUGGCAGAUGCUGAUUUUGCUUCGGCUAUCAAAAUAGAAUUUGAGAGGGAAAGAGUAGAUUCACAACCAAUAAAGUUUUGGAUUAAACGUGUCGAAUGCCUCUGA